AUGAUUGGGACUCAAACUGCAGGUUCCUUCUGGCAUGGGAGUGCAAAAUGGAUGGGCAGCAUCAUAUUUGUAAUUGUCAUGAGUAUUGCGUGUGCAGGUUCUGUAUAUAGACAGAGACAACUUUACUUGAUGCGGCAUCGGCAACAAAACAACGAUGACACGAGCACAGUCCCUGCUGCCCCUGUUGGUAACCCAGGAUCAAUGCCUUAUAGAACUCAACAACCCCCACAGCAACCGAAUGAGCCCCGCCCUUAUCCAGUUCAGACUUAUUCACCUGUUUACCCACCUGCCUCUAAAGGGGGUGCCCCACCAGGUAACCGUUACCCCACACAAGCUUACCCGCCUCCAGUACAGGAUCCUUCGGAAGCCCCUACCCAGCUCCCUCCUGUCGAGAAUACUGGACCCUACCCUACACUAGGAGGCUCUGCACCAUACCCAACCCAUCAACCUGGAGACGCACCAACAUUGAAUCGGCCGCAAAGGGGUGAUAUACAAAAAGGUGACCUUCUCGCUCCACUAAGCUACAAAGAUGUCUUCAAAAGAUAGGAGCAAAGUCUCAUGAGCCAAGUCUCAACGUAACUUUUCUAUUGCCAGUGGAAGUAAAGUUUCUUUAAAGAGUUUAUAUGUUUGUUUUAUCCAUUUUAACAUCAUCAUCAU